UACACCAACUUCUAAUGGAAGACAAUAUGAAGGGGUGCAUAGAAAAGUAUGUACAGAUAUGAAGGGUUGAUUCAUUAUUCUUUUAACGAUCAAACAUAUUAUUACAAUAAUGAUACGUAUGAGCGAAGGGUAAGUUACAGUUAGAAAAUAAGUCAUACCAAGAAAGUAAGAGGGAUAUUGAUAUUUUACUACCGUCAGUGACUCUCGAACUUCGAACGAAAGUUGCUCGAGGGUGUUGUACAAGUGUUUCUGUUUCUACAUUUUCGAUAAUUUUCUUUCAUGCUCGCUAUUAGCGCCACUUUGGUAAAGUAAGGAUCAAUUAAAUAGAAAAAGUGCGUGAUAAUAGAAAAUUUUCAAUUGGAAGAUGCAUAUACUGCGGUGGACAUUUUUGUUGUUCACAUUGUGCGGCUGUUACCCGCCUCUUUCGUGGAAGACACCUCUGAAAAAAUUUCUGUAUGAGAUUUAUACAGUAUUCUCAUUCCUGGUUCUCAAUAGUUUCUUGCUUUUUCAAAUAUUGGAUAUGAUAUGCAACGUAGAAAACACAGAUGAUUUUAGCGAUAAUUUCUCCGUGACAGUGGUGGUUUUUGUCACGUGCCUCAAGCUUUCCACUAUACUGAUAUAUCGAGCAAAUUUCCUACUUUUGUGCAAUACGCUUCAAAAGGAGCCAUUUUUACCAAUGAACGAAGAAGAGUUUGAAAUUCUGUUGAGAUUCGAGAAAAUUACCGAUUGGAACACACUUGGUUACAUGACCCUGCUCGUGAUCUCUGAUUUCUUUAUACUCGUAGUGUCGCUUCUGGCAAAUUUCAAGAACAGAAAACUAGCGUUUCGAACAUGGAUACCAUACGAUUACUCGUCGUUAUCUGCAUAUCUACUUACUUUCCUUUAUCAGUCGUUAUUCACGGCGAUAUGCACUUUUGGAUGCGUCGCUAGCGACUCUCUGUACAGUGGCCUGUUGAUACAUAUUAGCUGCCAAUUCGAAAUACUAGAGCAUCGUCUGAAGAACAUCGAAUCGAACCAGAAUUAUUCAGUGAACCUGUGUGUUCGUCAUCACGAUCAUAUAUACAAGUCAGUUUGCCGAUUUAUUUCUCUUUUGAUAACAUCAGAGAGAAAUAAAAUAUAUAACUUCUUCUCUGUAACAUUUUCUUAUUUACGAGCUUACAGAUUUGGCGAAAUGGUGAACGAGGAAUUUAAAAUGAUCAUGCUUUUUCAAUUCUGUACAAGCCUGUCGACGAUCUGUUUCAAUUUCUAUCGAAUAACACAAAUCGAAAUGGAUUCGAGAUUCGUAGGAACGCUUCUCUACAUGGCCUGCUCGUUGAUGCAGAUAUUUUAUUACUGCUGGUUCAGCAACGAAGUCAAACUCAAGAGUUUGGAACUUCCCGAUAUGAUAUUCAGAAGCGACUGGACAUCGUUAAAUAACAACGUUAAGAAAGCUUUUUUGAUGUUAAUGAGGCGUGCUAUGAGACCGAUCGAAUUUACCAGCAUUUACGUCAUCUCCGUCAAUCUUGAGUCUUUCAUGACACUAUUGAAGACUUCUUACUCCGCGUUCAAUGUUUUCCAACAGAGCCGGGAAUCAUGAAAAUGCGGGAAAUCUCUUAAUUUAGAACCGUCUGUCUUCGAUACUUCCGAAUAGAAUAAUAAUUGUCCACUUAGAAAAAGGAAGAGAAAAAAGCAAAUCGAGCACAACACGCGAAACGUGCAACAGAGUAUCUAGAGUGCAUUCCAAUAAAUUAUUUGAAACAUGAAUACCAUGCGUUUGAUUAACGUGCCUGUAUCACUUUCUCUUUUGACUCUCUUUUUUCGUCAAUGAAACUAUUCACAAUGAGUAAACCGCAACCUUCUGUUCCUUGCGACCGAUGAAAGCAGACUGAUGGUGCUUCGUGUUCUAAAGUUUAUUUUUUAUUAAUUUUCGUUGAGGGGAGACAGAUAAUAGCCGAUGAAUCAUUAUCUAUUUCCAGGACAAUUUCGACCCUUUCUUCGUUUCUCGACUCCGUACUUUGCCCUCGAUCGACUAGUUGGAACAUUGUGGCUUCCCGGAAACGGCAGGA